AUGGGCGAGUCGGGGGGCGUCCUGAAGCUGGAGGGCACCUUCUCUUUCGCGCCGCCCGAGUACGUGCGGAUUUGGAAGGGGUUCCAGCGGUCGCAGCUCGUGGAGGCCACCAGCUUCAAGCUCGACUCUUGGAGCUCUGGCGCGCUCGCGUACGACGUGCUGUGCGGCCGCGCGCCCUUUGCCACGCGCGAGGGCAUAGAGCGUGACGAGGAGGCGGACAACAUCCUGUCAAAGGACCCCGAGUUCCCAAACGGCCUCAGCUACAACGCGGUCAGCUUCAUGAUGCAGGCGCUGGAGAAGUGCCCGCAGAAGCGCCCCUCGGUGCGGCAGCUGCUCGCGCACGCGUGGUUCGACAAGCCGCAGGCCGCGCCGGCGGCGUCCGGGCCCAAGCGGCGGUCUCGGUCGUCGUCAAGCGUCGGCUCCGCCGCCGGCAGCGCCGUCGCGGCCGGCAGCGGAGCGCCUGCUUGA